AUGGCUCGAACCCUUUGGCUUUCUAUGGCCGCGAUGCCUGCAGUCGCAAUGGCUGGGAACGGCGGCGGGGUCGACUUGGACUUGCAGUUCAAAGGCGAAGGCACGUCGUACGUCCUCGGCCAAGUCUCGAGUGGCAACUGCAACUUCAUGUACGACCCUGGCGUGAAAACCAACUACGCUGCGCUGAACGACAAGCAGUGGGAGAAGACGAACAACUGCGGGCGAUGUGCGGAAGUCUCUUGUGACGACGACAAGUGCCCGGACAAGAGCAAGUCGUCGGUUGUUUACCUGGUCGACAGGUGUCCCGAGUGCAAACAUGGCGACUUGGACUUGUCCCCGGAAGUGUUCAAGUACAUUACGGGCAGCGACCCAGCUCGGUACAAGAUCAAGUGGAAGUUUGUCGACUGUCCCGUGACGGGGAACAUCCAGUACUGCACCAAGAGUGGCAGUAGCAAGUCGUGGUUAGCGAUCCAACCCGCCAACUUUGCCAACGGGGUCCGCAGCAUGAAGAUUGCCAACCAAGAAGUGACGAUGGUGGACUCGUGCUACUACUUCCUGCUCAACAACGGCGUGAACGUCGACAUGUCGGCUGUGGACAUUGAACUCACGUCGGUAUCGGGCGAGAAGAUCACGGAGAAGUUGUCGCUCACGUCGGACGUGUGCACUGCGGGCACGUCCAACUUUGGAGCGAGCACCACGCAGGAAUCGGUCAGUCAGACGAGUCCAGUGGAACAGACGUCCCCUACCGCGCCAGCUCCAAAGAUGGCGCCAGCAACGGUCCAUCCAGCUCCUACACCAGCACCGGCUCCUCCUGCACCCGCACCGGCUCCUCCUGCACCAGCACCGGCUCCUCCUGCACCAGCUCCAGUGCCAGCUCCAGUGCCAGUGCCUGCAACUCCGACGAUCGAGAAGACGCCUCCUUCAUUGUUAAAUUUCGGUACCGGGAACCCACCGCAGCCUUCGAACCAGCCCCCUGUCAACCAACCGGCUCGAGUGCAGCCUCCGAACUACUCGGCUCAAGUGCAGCCUCCCUUCCAGCCGCCUCAACGGCCUCCUCAAGUGCAGCCUGUGAAGCAGUCACAGGUCCAGGAGCAACUGUUUCCACAGAAGCAGCCGCCAGUGGAAUACACCAACCAAGUGGAGCAGGAGCAGCAGAAUGAAGCGACUGAUUUCAAUGCACUGGAGACGAAACCGGGUGCGAACGGCCAGAAUGUCGUGGCUGGAGAGGUGGUGCCAGCUGAUGAGUCAAGGAAGAAAGUGUCCAUUUUGCAAGCUGAUGCAUUCGAGGUGGACAAGACAACGCCGGUUAAGCAAGUGAACAUGAAGAGCGAGGACAGCUCGUCAGGCACGAGUCCAGUAAUCGUGACUCUUGUUGUCUUGGCUGUUGUGGGUGGAAUCGCUCUGGCUGCUGUCGCGUACGUCGUCAAGAAGAAGAAACGGAACGACAAGUCUGGUGACCGAGACGAAGCAUUGAUGCGGGCUUUUGAUACGUUCAGUUCUCCCGUGCACUUUGAGAAGACCAUUGCCAAGAUUUGA